AGAAGAGAGGGAAAAAGAGAGGCUGAGCCCGUCUAGAGCUUUAUUUCCUUCUGUGUCGUCAAUCUCACUCGACUUAUCCUUUUUCUAUUGUCCACCCUUUUUUUUACUUCCAUCCGGAAGAUGCAAACCGCAAGGCGAAUUGUCGUCCUUUUACUGUUCAUCAUUUCAUCAGGCGGUACUGACUCUAUUGCAACGUCUGAAUCGUCCUCGGGCUUCGCCGUCAACUCAACUAUUACAAUCUCACCUCUCCCUAAGAACGUUAUUAUUGGGAAAAAGCAGGACGUGUUGGACUCGCAGAACGGAAGAAACGCUGUAAUCGACGCAGUGGAAUUGAUCGAUCCUAAAGCAAGCGAACAAGUAUUGGAACUCAUUGUCAAAAUCGCAGAACAUCCGGCUAUUUGGAAACAAAUUCAUCGAGUUUUGGAAACGCUGGAAGCAAACAAUGCAGCUUAUUCUCAAAGGAUCGAUGCCAGCCGGAGUGAAUCUAGCUGGACCAAUAAAAGAUUGGAAAGACCAGGAGAUAAGAGGAACGAUGUGCCUGACGAUAAAAUAGCUAUUAUUUCAAACACAACUAGUUUAGGUAUUUCACCUUCGCCUUCAUUAGAAACGGCAUUCCAACGUUGGAGAGACGUCCUUUUUGCUGUUGAGGAGUCCCACCUUAUUCAUCCUCAACUCGAGGCAUCUGGGUUGCAACCAAACAGGGAACCAAAAACCGAACAAGAUGUUCAAAGAUGGGCUUCUACAGGAGUACUCAAUCAGCCAGAGCAAAGACGUUCAGAAAAGAAUUUUGAAGAACGUCUCAGUGAAAUCGAAGAUGAACUAAAAAAAUUAACAAGAUUAAGUCGUACGUUCCCAUUUAAAAUGAAGCACCUCACCACUUAUGGUCGCCAACAAGAAAAAAAAGGAAAGAUAAAGACUACAGAGAUACUCACAAGAAAUGGGGCUUACCAAAAUCGAAGUGCUGAUGAUGAUUCUAAACCAGUUAUUAGGGUUCAUCCCAAAUUCCAGUACCACAAAGUGCAAAAUACUACCAAUCAGCCAGGGACGAGUAAUUUGUUAGGGCCAAAUUACUGGAAGAAAAUUGCUUCGUUGAAACACAACGGUAGCAAUCCGACAUCUAGACGUAACUCGUUCGUCGCCGUAUCAAUAACAUCCCCAGCUAGUGAUAAACAUGAACGUGACGAAUCGUUAAUAGCCAACGUACAGCAACAAGGAAUGCUAGCGACAGAACCGCAUAAGUCAGAUUUUGGUAAGCCUUGUAAGAAAUUGCACAACACCCGAAAACAGAGCAAACAACGCCCUCUAAAUAGCAGGCAAUCGAAUAAUAAAGACCAAUCCAGUGAUUAUAUAAUUAAUGGCUAAGGGAUAAAGAUGCUUGUGAAAUGUACUAUUAUUCCUUACUUUGUCACUGACAUGGUGAUUUUUUCUUACCAAUGGUGAGAACAACACAUCUUCACCGAACUGUAGUUUUAAAGGGAAAAGUUGUUGUACUUUUCUGCGUAAAAAUGGCUUGUUGUCCAUUAUCUACAGCAGGUUUCAUAAUUAUGCAGAAAGCGUAAAUCGUAAAAAAGACCGUAAGCAAGUAUGUUCUUAAGUAUCUUUUUUGUUUGUCUUUUAUCCGUUGGUUGUGGCAUCCUUAACGUAGAAUUACUUAUGUACAGUUUUUUUGCAAUGUACCGUGCUUCACUAUGCACAAUAGUAGAUUAAACGU